AAAGGGUAUGUUUUCUGCUUCUUACCUCGGCUCUAGGGUUAAUUUGGGUGCUUUUGGUGGGAUUGAUCUGUAUGUUGCCUGUAUUUAUGAUAAAGAUUCGCGAUCGAAUUGAGAUUCAAAUUGGAAAUUUUUGGUGUUGAUUUUGAGUUUGGAAUUUGCUUGACUUCAGGGAUGCUUAGUUUACUGCUCAAGUUUGGUUUGUUGAUGUAGUGUAUUAGAAUUGUUGAAGUUCAACGUGUUCUUUGGGUUGGUUUGUUUUACUGGAAGGGGAAAACAAGUGGUAUUUUUCUUAUUGGAGGAAGUGUGGUUUUGGGUUUGUUUUUGCAAAUGGAUAACUCCAAAAACAGGCAUAAUGAUAGUUUGGGAGUGAACAGAAUGGGAAAAAAUAUAAAGAAGAGCCCUUUACAUCAGCCCAAUUUUGGUAAUAAUGCUGCUAGACAACAACCUCAGCCUCACGUUUACAACAUAAGCAAAAACGAUUUCCGGAAUAUUGUUCAGCAGCUUACUGGAUCGCCCUCACACUCACAGGAUCCUCCACCUAGACCUCAACACAAUUCACCAAAACCACAGAGCAUGCGACUGCAGAAAAUUAGACCUCCCCCGUUAACACCAGUCAACCGACCUCGCUUCCCCCCGCCAAUGCCAGUGCCUGCAGGCCCUCCUCCAGUUCCGUACAAUAAUGCCUUACCUAGACCUGCUCAGUUUGGACAACCAUCACCCACUCCUUUGCAGCCAUUAACGCCAGGGGAUAUAUGGUCUAAUACAUCUGAGUCACCCAUCUCUGCCUACAUGCGCUACCUUCAGAAUUCAAUGAUGGAUCCAGGUCUGAGGGGUAACCAUGUUCAUCCUCAAUCACAUCCACACCCUCAACCCCAUGCACCGGGCAAUGUUCAGCAUCAACCUCCUUCAUCUGCUUUGCUUCCUAAUCCUCCCAUGCCCAUGUUCCCUUCUCCAAGAUUUAAUGGUCCAGUGCCACCUAUGAAUGCUACUAAUCCUGCAGUGCCUAGUAUUCCUUCACCACAAGAAAAUGGCCCUCCCCUUUUACCUUCCCCAACCUCUCAAUUCCUUCUGCCUUCUCCAACUGGUUACAUGAAUUUGCUAUCCCCUCGGUCACCUUAUCCACUACUGUCACCUGGCAUUCAUUUUCCAUCUCCACUUACACCCAAUUUCCCAUUUUCCGCCAUGGCACAAUCAGGGAUUUUAGGCCCUGGCCCUCAACCUCCACCUUCUCCAGGCCUUGUGUUUCCAUUAUCUCCUUCAGGCUUUUUCCCCAUUUUAAGUCCUAGGUGGAGAGAUCAUUAGUCUUCUCAUUUCGUGCUUACAUGUUUUAUUGGGGGUGCUUCCUUCUAACUGGACAGAUCCUAGUCUUGUUCAUUGGCAUGUAAUGUACAAUCAAGUUGUAAGAGCUCUUUUUGGCUGUUUGUAGUGUUCAUUUCCCAUUCCUUUGUUUCUCUUUUGUUGAUAACUGUAAUGUUGCAAUCCUUUUACUUUGACAAGUUUUACAUUAGG